GGCGCAUCGAUCGCUCUGUGGCUGCUGUGGCUGCCAAAAGGCGUGCGCGUCGCGUCGCGAUCAGCUGAUAUUUAAUUUUGCGACUUUACAGCUAUGUUGCUUGCGAACCGUGGCCGUGAAUGCGCGACGAAGCAUACCUAGGUUAGCGGUUCUGUUAAGUUCACCUUCACUGUUUUCAAGAAGAUAUGCUCUACCUAAGCACAAGCCUGAGUGGUGCGGGAGACAUGAAGAUCACCGUCAUAAGUAACACUGGCAUGGAGUGGACUGUCGAUAUUUUGCCCGAAUACACCGUCGAGAAGCUCAAGCAGAUGUCGCUCAGCCAUUUCUGCAACCCAUUGGACUGUAUAAAGCUCUCAGAAUACUACAAACUAGUGUCGGUGUCUCAGGCAAGACCUCUUUCCGAUCACAGUUCGGUCCGGGAGGAAAAAGUUUCGGACGGUGAUGAGGUGCUCCUACUGAAAAGAAAUUCUGUUUUCCCUUCCAAGUCAGACAAACCAACGGAGAAACUGGGCCCCCCUGAUAAAGCCACCAUAGAAUCUGCUACCGCGAACGUCGAACCCAUGAAUUUCGGCAGGCCAGCUGUGGACGUUUCUCAAGUUCUAGAUUUUCAUACCGAAUUGAGGAGGAUACUGGUCUCACUUGUGGAGUUAUCCGAAAAGUUGCUUCGUCAUCAUCCAGACGUUAAAAACAUCUUCAAGAACUUGCCAAGCAAACUCACCCAACCUAGUAGUGAUGACAGUGAUCUGAAUGCUCUGAAGAAAUUGACAGACAUGGGAUUUGAGGAGCAACUAUCUCUUCAAGCCCUGAAGGAGAACAAAAUGUGCCCGAGGCUUGCUAUGGAGUCACUCCUUGCUAAAGGAUGCAAGCGAGAAGGUGAACAAACCUCGGAUUCUGGCUUAAAGCCAUCAAAUACCGGCGUACAGGGAAACUUUGGCAACAGUGAAAAAGAUGGUCCUUCAUGUGGUGCUACCAGGAAUGCAGAAGAGAGCAGUCGUGAAGGCAUUGUUCACGCAAUGCUAGAAUGCUUUCAAGAGUACAAACGAAAAGAUUUCAAGCCAAACAGGAAGGCAAUGAUCACUCUCAAAGAGAUGGGGUUUCCUGAAACUGCCAUUCUGGAUGCACUCCGGAUUCACAGCAACAGCCAAGAAGCCGCAUGCGAGUGGCUGCUUGGGGACCGGCGUCCCAAGCCAGCGGACCUGCAGGCGGGCCUCGACAGGGACAGCGCCAUCUACCGGUCCAUCACCACCAACCCAGUGGUGCAGCUGGGCCUGUGUUCACCCAAGACACUUCUAGCACUUCUACAGAUGUUGGAGAACCCUGGUUGCGCCUCCCGUUGGCUGAACGACUCGGACACUGCACCUAUCCUGAGCCAGAUUUUCCGCAUCUACCACGCAGAGAAGCACUCCGUGCAGCUGGUCAGGCCUGCGGUACCGUGAGAGCCGGCCAGUCAGAGUUUAUUAGCAACUGCAGUUGGUGAUGGUAAGUUACAAAGGAAGAGUAAGCAUACGAGACAAAAAAUACAACACGGGCGUCUCUUUCAAAUGCGCGUGUCAAUGCAUUUGUCCUGCAUGUUUACUCCUCCUUUGUAACUUACAGUGAGAGCUUGCACCAGCGUGUCGUCCACAACGAAUGAGCACCUUGUUUGGGUUCUGAAAGCUGGUGCACACACGCAAAAUUUACAGCUUUGUUCUCCUAGAAAAUAGUUGUUGCUGCUAGUAAGGAAUAACAAAGGAACGGGUGUGAAGAGGCAGUCAAGAAAGUUAUAAGAUUUAAUGGUGGAAUGCUGCAGCGAAUGGUCUCUUCAGAGGGUCUGACUAGGUUCCUUUCAGAAAGGAACUUCACAGUUACAAACCAAUGCACCAAAGAGAGCAAUCAUAGUAUCGGCGGUGACAAAGCCUGACAGAUUGUUCAUACUAAACCUUUGCACUGUGAAAGAACAGGACAUAAUGCUGGAAAGAGCAUGAUUUGAGUGACAUGCUGUCGGCAGCAUGGAUGUAAGUGCCCCUUGGGCCUUAUCCCACUAGGCAGACAAACUAAAAAUAUUGCUCGCAAACAUCUGAAACAUGCCUUGCUGGCAGUCUUUUGUUACAUUCUUUUAAGAAGCGUUACUGCAGAAGAGUGCUUGGGUUGCCGAAAUUCUGCUCUUCUUAUGUCGUCGGACAAAAUUUUCAGUGUUUUUUUUUUGCAAGGCUAUGUGGCAACGGAUUAUCCAUUUGAGGAGCCACGCAGAUAGCACAAACCGCCUGGUACACCUUUGUGCCAGAGAACUUCUUUAUGGUAUAGCAAUUUUUUUUUCAGCAUUUCAUUGUGGCAAGUUUUGAAAUGUUAAGAUGAAGAGACGUGUCAGUUUCAUGGGUCUUCGAAAGCAUUGCUGUGCUGGGAACACCAGUUCCCAAACUUACGAAAAAAUACCUUAACUUCUUGAACAUUCACUGCAAUUGAAAGCACAUUUUUUAGAAGGUUUCUGAAUCUGCUUCGAAGUGUGCUGUGUGGCAUAAGUUAAUCGCUGUAAGCUUUAUCACUUUCGCAUAAAACAUUUUUGUAGGUAGACCGCUAUUCAAUGUCCACAGAAUUUCGGCUCAAUAUCUUUGGAAUCAAAUACUAUUGAAAUUAUUUCUGCAAGUUGUAAGUUUGGAGGCACCUUCGGGUACUUUCAGAACACUCAGACCUGUCAGAUGGUUUUGUGUUUUUAUCUACUUUUAGUGUUCCUUUAGAAGUCAUGCAGUUGGGAGGGAUUAUAAGCGUUCUAUAGCUAGUAAAAGAUGUAGGUUCCUAAAGGUUCAAAAGGUUUGGUUUUUGUUGUUAUUUUUAUUUUCCUCAAAACUUUUGUCUUUGUAUUAACAUGAUCAGCUUCCAGCUUAGAAUUCUAGUAAUCUAUUUCCUAUAAAAAAAAAAAAAAAAAAAAUCUCUGUCUCUACAAGGUAUCUUAGUGCAUGUAAGUCUGUGAUUGAAUCACCCAUACACUAAUUUUUUUUUAAAUGGGAGCUGCUCAAAAAAAUAGUAAAGGGGGAGCUUUUACUUAACACUUUUUCCAAAUCGAGAUAUCUUCUGCGACCUGCAAGUUAGUAAAGGCUAUUUGUGUGUGUGUGCACCAGUUUUUGGAGCACCGUGUAAUUGCAAAUAAGAGCAAUGACAGAAAAAGAAGAGUUGACUCAGAACAUGCUGAAGAUGUAUUUUAAUGGUUACCUUGAGGAGAUAUCUAAUGCCUAGUUUUAUACAAGAGUGGUGUCUUUUGUUUUUUUCUCAUUCACCUGUUUUGUACACCGUCAAGCAAGUAAUAAUGCAGCAGCAGCACCUGAAGUUGCAACAAACUAAUGUUACAGCAAACACCGUCUUGCCAACUGCCAAUACUUCAUAUACUGGUUUGCCAAUCCACCCACAACCAGCUGCUGACAUAGCAAACGAAACUGCAAAAGAAAUGUCUUUGCUAUCACGCUGUCUCGGACGCAUUCAUUCAAUUUGUUUAGGGGCACAUUAGACGUAUCUGGCAAAUUUACUUGAGAGAAUGUCGAGAAAUGUGUAUGUUGGACGUAUCCAGUCGAUUUCCACAGAAACGCCAACCUAACAUAGCCUAAUUGGUCUAUGCACAACAUGCGGCUCUGACGUCAUGUGGCUGCAGUGGCACCGUUGUCGACACGGCACAUUCACAGGCACGCAAAUCUGGUUUCUGCUCACACGCAGUGUCCUUAGUGUGGGCAAACGUGGACUUGAGUGUGAACGGCACGU